AUGGAGCUUCACAUCGAUCUAGAGAACGAUCGGACCAACCGGCGCAGGUUGCAGAAUCGUAUGGCGCAACGCAAGUUUCGGCAAGCUCGGGCUGAGGCAUCCAAUCAAACAAGGGCAGCAGAUGAGCAACAGGUAGGGAUCGCUCAAACCAACGUCGGCCAACCGCCGUCGAGGCCGAUGGCAACAACUCUGGAAUUCCAACAACAUCAACCCCAUGUGUCGCCCAGCGCAGCAAUAUCUAUCCCCCAAUUCUUCCAUCAACCAGCGUCUGUGCAAAGCCAGCCUCGAAGUACGCCCUUUUUCACACCCGGCCACAAUGGAGGGUCUUCAAGCGGCAGCGGCAGUCCCGGGCUUGGCGAGUUUAGCUUCAUAGAAAGCUUUACAACCGGCGGUAACAAUUCAUUAUCCAGCUAUUCUUCUAGUUUCGAUCCGCCACUGGAUUUCGGCUCGCCUCGUCCAUCGCAGGCCAACCAUGUUGAUGUGGAUUGCUUUCUCAACCUAAGCUCAGGCGGCCCUCGUAACAGCCCAGGGUUGGGCCCUGGUCAUCCUGACGUUCAGCAGCUACAUACAACGCAGCUAACACAAGCCAGCAGUCUCGGGCCGUCCCGUGGUCAUGAGGCGAGGAGCCACCAGCUGAACCCACAUUAUCAGAGCGGCGGAUCCAGUAACGGGGGAAGCCCCGCUCCGCCGCAAAAUCCGCCGUCGUCCUCCUCCGUCUCAACGCCCGGCACCGGCGGCGGGGCCCCGGCUCAUGCGUCACCAUCGUCUGACGACAGCCAUGCGCCAGUCCAUGACCGCGGCUGGCUGAGCACUCUCCACAUCGCCGCUCGUAGAGGCCAUGAGCGAAUCGUCCGCGCGCUCAUAGAGCGGGAUAUCGAUUGCAACGAGAAGGACAGCGACGGCCGUACCGCACUGAUACAUGCAGCCAUUGACGGUCACGAGCCCGUUGCCAGGAUGUUACUCGCCAAGGGAGCGCGUAUCAGCGACCUUGACCGGCGCCAGCGUUCAGCGCUGCACUGGGCUGUGCUUGGGGGCCACGAAGCUGUACUAAAGUUGCUGCUCGAGUUUUACUCGCAGCGGAACUGGGAGCACGGGCUAGACGCUUACGAUGAGCUCGGCUGGACAGCGCUGCACAUUGCCGUCGAGAAGGACUUUGAACCCGCGGUAUGGAUGCUGCUAGAGGCGGGGGCGGAUUUACACGCCAAGGCACGUAAGACAUGCAAUGGCGACGACGAUGAAGGAGAUACCCGGAUACAUUCCGGCGCCAAGUCGAAGAGUCCUGCAUCCAGCAAUUAA